UGAUCCCAAAGUCACAGGAUUCCAUGCUCAGUCAUCCCCUGCCCUGGAUAACAGAGGGCGUGGGAAGGCAGUGGCGCACGGAUCGGCUUGCAGCAGCCGUCACGCCGGGAGCCAGCUCCGCAGCAGCCAUGGGGCUCCGCGCCUUUGUCCUGCUCCUGGCCCUUGUGGUCCCAUGCUCGGCGCUGAUCAGAAUCCCACUGACUAAGUUCCCCUCAGUGCGCCGCAUCCUAAAUGAAGCCGGAAGUGAAAUCCCCGAUCUGAAUGCAAUGGGCGAAUUCCUGAAAUACAAGCUGGGCGUGCCUGGCGUAGGGGAGCCCACCCCAGAGACCCUGAAGAACUACAUGGAUGCUCAGUACUACGGAGAGAUUAGCAUUGGGACGCCACCGCAAAAGUUCACCGUGGUCUUUGACACUGGAUCGUCCAACCUCUGGGUGCCUUCUGUCCAUUGCAACCUCCUGGACAUCGCCUGCUUGAUCCAUCACAAAUACGACUCCUCCAAAUCCAGUACCUACCAGAAGAACGGCACAGCUUUCGCCAUCCAUUAUGGAACCGGGAGCCUGUCUGGAUACCUCAGCCAGGAUGCUGUGGGGAUUGGUGACUUAGUUGUCAAGGAGCAGAUCUUUGGUGAAGCAACCAAGCAACCUGGCAUAACCUUCAUCGCUGCCAAGUUCGACGGCAUUAUGGGCAUGGCCUUCCCGAAGAUCUCUGUGGAUAAAGUCACACCCUUCUUCGAUAACGUCAUUCAGCAGAAGCUGGUGGACAAGAACAUCUUUUCCUUCUACCUCAACAGGGACCCAUCAGCUCAGCCUGGAGGGGAGCUGCUGCUGGGAGGGACUGACCCCAAGUAUUAUACCGGAGACUUCAACUGGGUGAAUGUCACACGCAAGGCAUACUGGCAGGUCAAAAUGGAUGAACUGGAUGUUGCCAAUGGCCUGACCCUGUGCAAAGGGGGCUGUGAAGCUAUUGUGGACACAGGAACCUCGCUUAUUACAGGGCCAACGAAGGAGGUGAAGGCGCUGCAGGCUGCCAUCGGGGCUAAGCCGCUCAUCAAAGGACAGUAUGUGAUCCCCUGCGAUAAAGUGUCGUCCCUUCCUGUCGUCACUCUCAUGCUAGGAGGAAAGCCCUAUGAGCUCACCGGAGAACAGUACAUCUUCAAGAUUUCUGUACAGGGAGAGAGCAUCUGCCUGAGUGGAUUUUCAGCCCUGGACAUCCCACCUCCCGGGGGCCCGCUGUGGAUCCUCGGAGACGUGUUCAUUGGCCCCUACUACACAGUGUUUGACCGUGAUAAUGACUCUGUUGGCUUUGCCAAGUGUGUCUGAGUGCCUGCCCCACCACCCCUGCCAUACACACACAUGCACGCACUGUAGAGAGUGAGUCCCAGGAUUAGGAAGCAAAUGAGGAAAU